AUGCCUUCUUAUGUCAAGUUCCUAAAGAAGAUUUUAUCAAAGAAGCAUAAGCUCACAAAGGAUGAACCCAUUGUUUUAACUGAGGAGUGUAGUGAAAUCAUACAGAGGAAACUGUCUCCAAAAUUAAAAGAUCCUGGAAGCUUUAGUAUUCCUUGUAAAAUUGGCACAUUAAUAGUUGAUAAAGUCUCAUGUGAUCUCGGUGCCAGCAAUAAUGUAUUGCCACUAUUCAUGAUGACGGAGCUAGGAAUCUUGGAAGUGAAGCCAACUAGGACAAUAUUGCAAAUGGCUGACCGCUUCACAAAGCAAGCUUAUGGAAUUAUAGAGGAUAUACUAGUCAAGGUAGAUAAGUUAAUCAUUCAUGUUGACUUUAUUAUCCUUGAUACAGAGGAAGAUGUUAUUCUUUCUAUGAUCUUUGGAAGACCCUUUUUAGCAACUUCAGGAGCAUUGAUUGAUGUACCUAAGGCUCAACCGAAAGAUAAAAUCUACUAUACUGAUGAAAAGAAAGAUGAGGAAGAGCACAAGGAGAAGUCUCCUCAACCAUAUGAAGAAUGCAAGCCAAAGGUUAAGAUGGAAAGUCCAAGAGCAAGGGAAAACACAGAAAAGCUAAGUUUAGAGUUCUUAAGGAAACUUAAUCUCAUCAAUAUGCAGAGGAGUAUUUGGAAGGGCACUAUACUUGAUCGAGGGGACAUGGUCAUCACUGAGCUCAGAUUUUAA